UGAUGGCACUGGAUUCAGUUUGAAGGACUUAACUCAGUUGGGAAUUAGCUGCAACCGCCAACAUGCCGUCCAAGCCUGCCCCAAUCAAGAAGGCGGCGAAGAAAGAACCAGCCAAGGAGGAGAAGGCUCCGGAGCCUGCUCCCGAACCUGCCCCGGAGCCCGCUCCUGCCGAGGCCGCCCCGGCUGAAGCUGCCCCUGCUGAGGGUGAAGCUGCCCCCGCCGCCGAGGGAGAGGCAGCCCCACCAGCUGAGGAGCCCAAAGCCCCCACCCCUCCACCCGCAGAUGCUGCUGCCUCUCCAGCCACAGACGAAGCUGCUCCGGCUGCUGACUCCGAAGCUCCUGCUGAUGCUGAAGCUGCUGAGGCGCCUGCACCAGAAGAACCUAAACCACCUACUCCUCCACCACCUCCACCCAAAGAGCCCACAAGUGCUCCUGUGGAACUGUUUGUUGAGGACAAGAAUGACACUUCAGUUACUAUAAUCUGGAGCCAGCCAGAGAACAUCGGGCCCUCAGGCCUGGAUGGAUACACCAUUGAAAUCUGCAAGGAUGGAACUGAGGACUGGAAAGCGGUCAAUGAGGACCUGCAGAAGUCCUGCCGUUAUGUCAUCAAAAACCAGACCACUGGUGACCGUCUGAAGAUCCGUGUGGUGGCUGUGAACGCUGGAGGCCGCAGCCCCCCCGUCGCCCUCGCCGAGCCCGUACUGGUGAAGGAGGUCGCUGACCGCCCCAAGGUGCGUUUGCCUCGUUUCCUCAGGCAGAGAUACGUCGCUCACGUUGGAGACAAGAUCAACCUGACCAUCCCCUUCACAGGCAAACCCAAACCUGUGGUCACCUGGACAAAGAAUGGUGCAGCCCUGGACACUAAGAGGGUGAACAUCCGCAGCACUGAUAGAGACAGCAUCCUCUUCAUCCGUGCAGCUGAGAGGGAAGACUCUGGAGUGUACGAAAUGUGUGUGAAGGUGGAGGACUUUGAGGACAAGGCUUCACUCACUCUUCAGAUUGUUGAGCUGCCAGGGCCUCCUGCCAGUGUAAAGAUUGUGGAUACCUGGGGCUUCAACGUUGCUCUGGAGUGGACUCCACCAACCGACAACGGAAACACAGAAAUCACGGGUUACACAAUCCAGAAGGCCGACAAAAAAACUGGAGACUGGUUCACUGUGUUGGAGCAUUACCAUAGACUGAAUGCCACCAUCUCUGACCUUAUUAUGGGCAACACUUACAAGUUCAGAGUGUUUUCUGAGAACAAGUGUGGAAUCAGCGAGGGCGCUGCUGCUACAAAGGAGGAGGCCAAGAUCCUGAAGACAGGUAUUGAGUACAAGCCUCCUGAGUACCAGGAGCAUGACUUCUCCGAGGCGCCCAAGUUCACCACAAAUCUCAGCGACAGAGCCACCACCGUCGGCUACAGCACCAAGCUGCUCUGCUCCGUCAGGGGAUUCCCAAAACCCAAGAUCAUUUGGAUGAAGAAUCAGAUGAUUAUUGGAGAUGACCCCAAGUACAGGCAGAUCUGCGUCCAGGGUAUCUGCUCUCUGGAGAUCCGAAAGCCUGGUAACUUUGACGGUGGUGUGUACUCCUGCAGAGCUAAGAACGAUCAUGGAGAAGUAACUAUCAGCUGCAAGCUGGAAGUCAAACAGCCAGCAGUUGCAGAUGCAGAGAAGAAAUAGGUCAACAUUCUCACAGGAGCAGAAGGAAUGAAGCCUUUGCAGCAUAAGGAAGGUGCUGGAUUCCUGGAAGAAGGUGUAUAUAAGGCUUUUGACUAACAAAGGGUUGUAGCCUGUGCUCUCUUGUCAAGUGUUCACAUAUGUUAUGAUGAGCAAUUGCUGUCAUAGCUUUAUGCCUACAAACAGAUCAUUAAGUCCAUAUCCAUGUCCACAAUCAGCUUUUUUCCCAACAAUACAGUCUAUGGUAGCUGAAUUAUUACAUGAUCAAAAACUGUACCUCCCUAGUUGUCAGUUUAACUACCACCAAGAAUUCUGCAGCAUGAAUUUACAGUUCCUCGUUGGCGAACUGCAUGUAACAUCUAUGUGUUUAUAUCAAUAAACAUUUUAAUUUCUG